ACGAGUUUGCAUGUGGGGUUAUAAGGGAAAAUCAUGGAAAGCACUGAUGUAACUUUGAGAAAAUCAACAAAAUAUGUGUCUCGUAAAAUAACCAAGUUUUUUAUCAGUAUAAAUAAAAUAUUAGUGUUGUAUGGUUUGCCAAUUAUAUGGACUCAUGAUUUUACUUUAUCCAAAAAUUCCGACAGAGUAAGCGGUUUAUAUAGGAUUUUAAGCAACAUUCUAAUAAUAGUUUUCGUGGCAAUGGAAUGGGGUGCUUUUUAUACGCAAAACAAUUUAACGGAAAAACAAAGUUCAGACAGACUAAUGUUUUGUGUCACGCACCCCAUUCUCGUAGUAUAUAUCCUGAAUAUUGAAUAUUACGAGAAGAAGAUUAAGGUUAUCAUGUAUAAAAUGAUGGUUACAUUGAAACAAUCGCACAAUGAUGUUGAAGUAGAGAAGAAACUUUUUAAAAAGUGUAUGUUCUAUUCGGUGACGUUUUUCACUAGCGUUGCGUUAUCUGUGUUUUUCUAUGGGUUCGAUGCGUACAUACAAGCCCACUCAGGUUCAACAUUCACAAAAACCAUAUCAGCCUGGCCGGAUGUAGAGGACAGAUCGUUAGCAGCAGAUGUAGUCAGGGUUGUUAACUAUGUAAUUUUAGUUAUACUCCUGACCAGAGUGUCAGGGGUGUAUGUGUUGGUUGUUUUACUAACUAUAUGCAUCAGCCAUCAGUACACGAAUAUAAACACCUACUUUCUCAGUCUGAGCAAAAUUUUUAACGAGAAUUUAACUCAAAUAGAAAAGGAAAAGAAAUAUGAAAGAGCUUUAAUAAUUGGAAUCGAUUUGCAUUCUCAAACCAUGUGGUGCAAAAGGCAAUGCCAGUCGAUGUUUAAUGUGGUAUUCAGUUUUCAAAUAAUAUUGAAUGUGAUGCUGCUUGUUCUAUUGAUGCUGCAAAUGACGAGUUCGGAGCGUACGCUGAUGAACGCGAUUCCCGUAGUGUCGACGGGAGUUUCAUUGCUGUGCAGUACCGGUUUCUUCAUGUGGAAUGCGGGAGAUAUUACCGUAGAGGCAUCUUCUGUGGCGACGGCCCUGUACUGUUCAGGCUGGGAGAACUGUCAUGUAUCCACGCUGCGCAUACGGUACCUUCUACUUAUGACUAUUAGACAGGGACAGAAACCAGAAAUGCUAAAAGCUCUUGGUCUAAUCCCGUUGUCGUAUGAUACUUACGUGUCGAUCGUGAAAGCAUCUUAUUCUAUAUUCUCUGUAAUUUAUUAAACUAUAUGGUAACA